AUGUGUGGAUCUUCCAUUCUUCCUGUCCAUGUCGAUGGAAACUGUAGGCGAUCAUCUGCACUACACACAGACGAUUUUGUACUUUGGUUGGAGGCGCGCGCCCCGUUGGGGCCAAUGAAGGAAAGUAGUGGGAUACUGGAAGACGCCAGGUUACCUACACCUCUUUGCAAUGGAUGUUUCACAAAACCGCCUUUCAGUUUUCGUCAUCCACAGAGGCUUGCAGGCUCUGGUUCGCGACGUUGGGCUGGCAUUCGCCUUCUCUACGUGCUCCCUAUCUCACCGUCGUCUGAGGGUGUGACAUCAUUUCUAGCCACUACUUUGAAAUGGGCUGAAGCACUGGUACACCGUCCGUCUUUUUCAUCGCCGACCUCUCCGUCCCGUUGUUCCUUUCGGUGGCGGCUUACGCUCAACCUUCCUCUCCCUGCCUUCAUCCGCAUCUGA